CGGCAGCCUCCUGCAGUUGGAGGUGGACGAUCCACAUUGAUGACAUAAUGCAUGCACACUGGAUGGAAUUGACAACAUCCCACCUGUCUUUAGCCGCACGUCUGCUGAAAAACUGCGGCCACUGAUAAGAUCCAGAGCGGGAAAGCCCUACGAGACAACGAGGGCAUUUCCGCUGUCGUUUUCCGUGCGAAUUGUAUACUUUGAAUCCGGACGCACGGAAAACAAGAAGUGGCAUUUUGCCGAAUUAUAGCCGCAGUGCCACAGUUGAUCAUCCGACGGGAGCGCAGAAUGUCACGACAGCAGCAGCAGCAGCAGCAGAACGCCAUAGGCGGCGUGGUGGAGGUCAAAAGUAAAUUUGAAGCAGAAUACCGUCGCUUUGCCUUCAAGAGGAACUGCCCAGGUGGCUUCCGGGAUUUUUAUAGCCUCCUCCAAACUAUCCAUCAUAUCCCCGAUGCAGACAUGUUACUGGGCUACACGGAUGACUCUGGGGACCUCCUUCCAAUCAACAAUGACGACAACUUUCACAAAGCCGUCUCAUCAGCAAACCCGUUGCUUCGCAUUAUCAUAACCAAGAAAGAGGAUGAGCGUAUAGGUUUUCCAAGCAACUCCCUCCAGAGGCGUAAAAAAGGCCCAGGUCUGCCAGGACUCCGUACCCCCGGCUCGUUGUCCAUCCAUUCAAAGAACAAACUGGGUCUCAUGAUUGGCCAACCACAGAACUUCCGUCAAAUUUCAUCAAUCAUCGACGUGGAUAUCUUACCCGAGACGCAUCGGCGUGUGCGGCUGCACAAGCACGGUACCAAGAAACCACUGGGCUUCUACAUCCGCGAUGGGGUCAGUAUACGCGUGACGCCACAGGGUGUAGAAAAGGUUCCAGGAGUGUUCAUAUCUCGCCUUGUGCGUGGUGGUCUAGCGGAGAGCACGGGGCUCCUGGGGCUUAAUGAUGAAAUUCUAGAGGUCAAUGGCAUUGAUGUUACUGGAAAGUCUUUGGAUCAGGUGACAGACAUGAUGGUGGCCAACAGCCACAAUCUCAUUGUGACGGUGAAGCCGGCUAACCAGAGGAACAAUGUCAUCCAUCGCGGGAGUCGAACCUCGGCGGGAAUGUCUCUUUCUUCUGGCUUAAAUGGAUCUACAGGCUCCGCUCGAUCACGUGAUUCAUUGAGUCCCGCUUCCCAGAGCACCCCCAUCACCGCAAGCAACAGCAUUGCGGAGGGUGACACCGAUGACGAAGACGAUGACGAUGAUGGUGAUCUCAUCCUGGAAAAUGACCGCAUGACAUUUCCCGAAUGGCAUCAGGUGACCAACAGCAACAGUGAAAGACUGCGCGACGGGGCUGUGAUCAGAGCCCUUCAGCAGAGCAUCUCCAUGCCUGAAAGCAUGGCGUCUUCUCUGAGAGAAAGAUCUAUGGUGAUGUCCGGUCAAAAUGGACACCCAGACCCACCAGCCAGCAGCACUCAGCAGAGCAUGAGAAAUGGCGGCAACGUGAUAACACUGUAACCACGCGCCGUGACUGACAGCGGAUGUGGAAGAUAAUAUUCUUUAUUGGUGCCUGCAGUUUCAUCUCUGACACCGUUUCCAAACGUACGACUUGUGUGACUCAUCAGCAACACUGAAGUAGACUUUUUAUGUGUAUGGUGGUUUACCUGUUUCAGACUGCGAGGGGCUGCUGGGUUGUGUCUGUGUUGCCACUGGAAUUGCUCAACACGAAUAAAGGCGAAACUAGAAACACGCA